UACACAGUCUAAAAAAAGAAAAAGAAGAGUAGCCGCCAUUGGUUUUAUUCGCAGACAGAAAUGGGAAAAAAUGCAAGCGAAGUGUAUGAUUUAGUGAUAAUUUGUGAUUAGUUUUGUAGUGUAUAUAUAGUUCCAUAUGUGCGCAUAGUUUGCAAAGUGUCACGUGCAUUAAUUACGAUUGAACUACAACUGCAGAAGAAGCUUUGUGACGAAGACGUGAGUUAAAGAAGGAGAACAGUGAAGAAAUAAAUUUAAGUCUAUAUAAAAUCGUUAAAAAAGAGAAAAAGAAAAAGUUAUCAUAAAAUGUGAAAGAAAUGUUGUAAAUUGAAAGGUGAAAAAUUUAAUUUUUUGUGAAAAUUGGCAAGAGGACAGCCUCAAAAUAAGUUUUCCGGCCCAUUGGGGGGUCGGGCGGAUGCCUGUACCCCCCACCAGUGAUCUACUGGCGACAAUAACGAUGUUUGAGCAACAGAUCAAGUCCGAACCGAUGGGCUUCUAUUCAACAUGCCCACCACCACCGCAAAUGGGUCAACCGUUGCCACCGCGAUCCGUGGAGCAGGCCAAUGAGCAGACCGUAAUCUCCUUGCAGGACGACAAGGAUAAUUCCAUGCAACCGCAAUCAUUAAUUGUGCCUCAACCACCAGAUACGCCAAUGUCUAAUGUAUCAGAUGUGGCAAAGCCAGAAUUACCCCAAUCAAGCUCGCAUGGGAUGCAGCAUUCAAUGUCUGGACAAUCCAAUUCAGCAACUGGGACGCACACAUCGCGCAGUAAACCGCAGGCGUGCAAAGUCUGUGGCAAGAUACUCUCAUCAGCCAGUAGUUAUUAUGUUCACAUGAAGCUACAUUCAGGAACAAAGCCCUUCCAGUGCACGGUUUGCGAAGCAGCUUUCUGUCGUAAGCCGUACUUAGAGGUCCACAUGCGGACACAUACAGGAGAAAGACCCUUCCAAUGCGAUUUAUGUAUGAAGAGAUUUUCACAAAAGUCCUCCUUGAAUACACACAAAAGGAUUCACACAGGCGAACGACCAUUCAGGUGCCAUUGCGGGAAAACCUUUACACAAAAGUGUGCACUUACAUUGCACUCACGAAUUCAUACGGGGUAUUGGAGCAUAAAUAAACCAUUUAGCUGUGGAGAAUGUCAGUCCUCGUUUACCAGGAAGCCGUAUCUCGAUAUACAUAUGAGAAUCCACACGGGUGAAAAACCAUUUCAAUGCGAAAUCUGUUCUAAAAGGUUCACUCAGAAGUCGACACUGAACAUUCACAAACGUAUACAUUCUGUCCAGCUUAAGCCAUAUGAGUGUCAGCAAUGCCCAGCAAAAUUUUCCCGGAAACCGUAUUUGGAUAUCCAUUAUCGUACGCACACGGGCGAACGCCCAUUUGAAUGUGAAGUGUGCUUGAAGAGGUUCAGUCAAAAGUCAUCGCUAAACAUCCACAAGACAAUACACACUGUGCAAGGACGACCUUUUCAGUGCACGGAAUGUCCAGCGGCGUUCUGUAGGAAACCAUAUUUAGACAUUCACGUGAGAAUCCACACGGGCGAGAAGCCAUUCCUUUGUGACAUUUGUCUCAAGCGAUUCACGCAGAAAUCAUCGCUUAAUAUUCAUAAAAGGAUUCACACUGGUGAACGUCCCUACGCUUGUGAUAUAUGCAAUAAAACCUUUGCAGUUAAGAGCUAUGUAACUGCACACAGAUGGUCUCAUGUUUCUGAAAAGCCACUAAGUUGCGAUCGUUGUUCCAUGACGUUCACAAGUAAAUCCCAAUUCGCCAUACACAUCCGGACUCAUUCAGCUGGGCAGAACUAUGAGUGCAAUAUCUGUGGACGCACAUUUAUAAGGGACAGUUACCUAAUUCGGCAUCAUAAUCGGGUGCACAGGGAAAAUCGCACCACAGCAAAUAGUAUUGCGACAAUAAAUAGUGUAGCAUCAGGCCAUGUUGAGAGUGGCCAAAAUUCAGGAAAUGUGGAUUUUGAUUCAAAUAAUUCUCAAGUUUGCGAUCUCAGGUAUGUGUCAGAAUUGCAACUGAACGCCUCACCAGCUGUAUCUCAAAUGUCUUCGCCUGGUAUUCCCGCCGAUCGAGUGAUGAUGAAUGAUCGCAGCAAUGCCAUGACGGUGAUGAAUGGAGGGACACCUGGAGCACAGUCGAAUGAUCGCAGCAGCAAUGGGAGUAGCAAUGGUUCAGCUGGCCCAAUGGUUAGUGAUGGGUCUCAAUUCUAGGACCAUGCUAGGCAGCAGGAGAGAGCAGCCAUACAGAAUCGCGUUCUACAUGAGCGUGCGUUGCAGGAGCGUGCCAUACAGGAAAGGGUAAUGCAGGAGCGUGCACUACAGGAGCGCGUAAUGCAGCAGGAGAGGGUGAACAUACACACACCCAUUGGGAUGACUGGUCACGUUAUACAACACGAUGCAGCACGCAUCGAGAAGAACGUGAUGCCCGGAACUAUUGCUAGUCCAGGAUCUGUUUGAUCCUCGUAAGCGGAAUUCGAUAACAACACGUGUUCUAAAUGUGAGUGAAGCAACAUCCUUAAUCUAAUCCGUUGCCAGUACCUCUAAAUUUCAAACAAAAACAAACGUAGAUGUAUAGAAAUCACCUUUAGGAGAAAAGAAAAAAAUCCGCAAAUCCAUAAAAAUUAUCAAUGAAUGGGGAAAUGCUAGGGAAUUUAUUUAAAAAACACAAAAUUGUUGAUCAAAAAUAAUGCAAACAUGUUGUUUUCCAUUGAAUAUUAUCCUUCUGGGGAUUUUAUAAGACUUUAAUUUUUACAAACUGAAUAAUAAGUUAAAAGAAUGUUAAGUUCCUUAUUUGAAAAAUUUUCUGGAAUAAUUUUUCAAGUCAAGUUGGGCAGCUUUUCAUUUUUCCUCAUUCGUUUUUCAAUAGUUUCUCAAAGAAUAAUAAUCUUUUAAAAAAAACAUCUCCUUGCAGGAUAAUAAACAAGGAAAACUAUUCUAACGUGAGGUAGAAAAAUUCGAACAAAACACAAAAAUUGCAAUUAUGUUAAUUCCCAAUUUAUUAGAGAGAUGAUAAUAAAUAGAAAAAAUAAAACACUUGGGAAGAAAAAUAUUAGAAAAAAACAAUUCUCUCACACAUCCACAGGUAUACUGAAAACAAAAUAAUAAUUUAAAAAUAAAAAAAAACUUGUAACUUGUAUUUUUGUAAAAUAAACUAUAUACACACACGCCCAUAAA